GACACGAUGGUGCUAUUACCUCAGUUGGUUGGAGCCAUGACAACAAUUGGCUUGUUUCAUCUUCCGAAGACAGAACAUUAAAGAUCUGGUCAGUCAGCAGUGCAGAGCCCUCUUUAUGUCUGGGAAACGAUAUAUUUCACAAAUCUGUCCGAUCAGCCCAGUUUUAUUAUAUAGAUACAUUCAUAUUAUUGUCCUGUGGAGCAGAAUUUUAUUUAUUAAGAUACUAUCUUGACACCAGCAAAGAUGAGAUAAAACGAUAUAGAACAAAGAGUAUUUGCAAAUCAAUACAGAAAUUUCCAAUGUCGUCUACGGUGGAAAUUACCAGUCUUGCAGCAGUGAAUGACUUCUAUUCCUAUAUUGUAUUGGCAGCUGGGAGUAACAGAGCACUAGAAAUAUUUGACCUCAACGUGGGCUGUAGUGCAGCACUGAUAAGAGAUGCUCACUCUAGAUCAAUUCACCAGAUUUGCCAAAAUAAGGGAUCAUCUUUUAGCUGUCAACCACAUGAAGCUUACAAUCUCUUUUUAACAGCAGCCAUUGGUGAUGGUAUCAAACUUUGGGAUUUGAGAACAUUAAGAUGCGAGCGCCGUUUUGAAGGUCAUAAUAGCCGUUGUCAUCCAUGUGGAAUUAGUGUUUCUCCUUGUGGCCAGUUCAUCGCUUGUGGAUCUGAAGAUAAAUGU